CGAGUUUUUGUCCCAGGUCGUUUUGGGUCGAAGUGUUUUGAGAACUGAAGAAUCUGCUCUUGAAGUGAGCUGUGUUGUGUUUCUUGGCUCAGGUGUCAAAGGUGUUACCUGGAACAAAGGGACCGAGGGGGUGUGUGUGACCCUCAUUUGCAUAGCGUCCAUAGCGACCCCGCCACGUUCCUAGCAACCACAGAGAACAAUAUGGCGGCCAUAGUAGGUUAGUCACAGAACUUGAGAAAAGAUUUGCUUCGCGCAAUGCAGCAGUAAUAUGCAGUCUUCCAGGGACAAAACGGCCUUACAGCCAUGACGGAGGAUGAACAGUUUCACUUCACGUUUUCUCCUAAGAUUAAUGAGGCGAGCAAGGUUCUCGCGGAGCAGAAGAGAGCGCGGGAGAGACUCGCAGUUAGUCGCAUGGAGACCAUGAUGGCCGAGGAAAGACAGAAACAACAACAACAACAAGAACAGCAAUCCCAGCAAAAGGAAAUUAAAGAUGACAACGGGAUUCUUCAGGCCUCAGGUAGUACGUCUCUGCCUCAAGACGCGCCUCCGUCUAAGCCACCAGGGCCCAUCAAGACUUUUCAGAGGUAUAGUUUCGAGAGCGAGCUGACCUUCGCUCCCAGACUGAACGCCACGAGCAUGAGAUUAGCGCGCGAACGGGAGAGACAGGGGAACGUGGCUUCAUCUACGGUCAAGCAGACGUCCGAGGAGGAGUACAUGUUCACCUUCCAGCCCAGAGUUAGCUCCAGCAGUCGGAGAAUCGCGCAGAACCUCGGCACCACCUUUAUGGCGCGGCAACAGAUGCAUUUGGAGAGACAACGAAAAUUGCUGGAGAAGGGGCAGCUCCCGUCGUUCAAAGAACCGAUGCAGUCCCGACCCAAGAGAUUACGCCAUCAAAAGUUGCUGGGGGAGGCCAAAGCCAACCUACCAUCCCUUCCUGGCAACACCAGCGGAGAGGAAGGGGGGCAACAGGACUCAUCUUCUGAUGGGGGUUCAGACAGUGGCCUGACCCCUCGUAAGCGACCAACGAGAGGCGGAGAAGUCAGCAAAUCACACCCGGUCUCUUCGCUCGGUGCGUCAUCUAACGGGCUACAUGGUUCCAGAAGGAAAACGUUGCCUCCCAAAUAUCUGCCUGGCCUCCCAGAUAUCAGCAACCCACCAGCCACAGCCCCUCCCUCACACCAACGUUCGCAAACACUACCUCCCACCACCGCAACGUCAACCUCUCCCCGGCGCAGGGUUAACACAGCAAAAAUCUACGCCAAUGUGACACGGGUCAAAAAUGCAAAGCUUGCAGCAGAAAGGGCUAUGAGGAUGAAAAGAGUCUUUACCAUUCAUGGUCCCUACCCAUUUGUAAGGAAGGCUCUGCGAGAAAGAGGCUGGGUGGAGCGCUUUAUCAAACCUGAAGUGAAAAAAAGGGAACGCUCCAGCAAAGAGGAGGAUAGUGAUGAUGAUAAUGACAAUGGAAACAGCAGUGACAGUGACGAUGACGGUGUCUGUGAUGCGGUUUGUCAGGAUAGCACGACGGAGGCAGACAGCGGUGAUGGUGACACUGACAAUGUGUAUGGCAUCAUGGUGGGUAAUCAAGAGAUGCUCGUGUCACGGAUGUUGAGGAAUGCAAACCCCUCCUUCAUCUGGACUUGCCGGGCCAACACGUUUGACAGCAGGAUGUUGAGGAAGGACCAGAUCUACAACCAUUAUACAAAAGCCAACUUCACUACUAAGGUGGGGCUAUUAAUGAACCUACGGCAGCUACCCUGGUACGAAGACACAGAUGCCAACUGGUUCUACCCUCGCUGCUACCGUCUAAGUGUUGAUGAAGAAAAGUUUGAUUUUAUUGAUGACUACAGACUGACGGCAGCAGCCAGUGUGCUGAAGGUGACACUCCAACAGCUCCGACCUGAGGUGGACACCCCCAGCCAAUCAGAUGAGGAGGAUGAAGGGGAGGAGGAGCAGGAGGGUGAGGAUGAGGAGAAUGUACCGUCAGACAUGGACACCCCCCGCAGUACCAGCAGUCAGAAAACCAACACAACUACUACCUGCAGUCCCAGAGUAACAGGUAGAAAACAAAAGAAAGGGGGAGUUGUACCAACACAAGUUGUGCAGACAUCCCUGACUAUCCUGGACAGUUUCUUGAGCUGUCUGGAGCAUGAUGACAUUGAAGAUGGCAAGGAGCACUUUCCUCCUAACCUACCUGACGAUACAUGGAAUACCUUUAUCCAGCAGUACUACACUUUGGUUCAUGAUUGUGGCACCCUGAGUACAGACAGUGAUGUGGACAUUGAUCGGUGCAUCGACACACUGGAGCAGUUCAAGGAGGCGUGGCCACAGUGUCAGAUCGACGGCACCACCAACAUGUGGAUUGUCAAACCUGGGGCCAAGUCCAGGGGCAGAGAAAUUAAAGUGAUGAACAAACUUGAGGACAUCUGCAAGCUGGUGGAAAGUACAGUAGUGAAGAAGGAGGGGAAGUGGGUUGUGCAGAAAUACAUUGAGGACCCAUUGCUGAUUCACAACACCAAGUUUGACAUCCGGCAGUGGUUCCUUGUGACUGACUGGAACCCCCUGACUAUCUGGUUCUAUAAGGACAGCUACCUGAGAUUCUGUUCACAGGAAUUCUCCCUGGAGAACUUCCAUGAAGCCAUCCACUUGUCGAACAACUCAGUGCAAAAGAACUACAAUAGCCCUCGGUCAAGUAACAUCCCAGCCAACCUCAUGUGGCACAGCAAGACCUUCAAGGAGUACCUUAGAUCUGAUGGCAAUGGCCAUAUGUGGGAGUCCUUAGUGUAUUCAGGAAUGAAGCAGGCUGUCAUCUAUGCAAUGGAAGCUUCUCAAGAUAUGAUCGAGGGCAGAAAGGGUUCUUUUGAGCUGUAUGGAGCAGACUUCAUGUUAGAUACAGACCUGAACCCGUGGCUGAUUGAGAUCAACUCCAGCCCCUGUAUGUCCCCCUCCACCACCAUCACAGCAGAGAUGUGUGCCUCUGUGCUGGAAGAUACCAUGAAAGUUGUUCUGGACAGAAGAUCAGACAAAAAUUGUGACACAGGGAGGUUUGAAUUGGCAUUCAAACAGAGCACAAUCCACAUUCCACCUUACAUUGGCAUCAGCCUGUCCGUUGAGGGGCAGGCCAUCCAUAGACCUGUAGAAAGACGGCAGUCACAGGCCAACCAGUCACAGGCCAACCAGUCACAGGCCAACAACAAUGGGACAAGUAGCAAUGACUCAGGAAACUCCAACAACCCUCCAACAAACAAAACAAACUCUACUGUAAACUCUUCACAAAAUGGUUCAAGUAGAGCUGCAGCUGGAAAUUCUUCACAGCAAUCAAAUCCUCCUCCGAAAAUCACAUACUCAUCACAGGGAAAUAGUAAGGACUCAAAUGUAGUAGAGCCUGGGAAAAAUGGUGGCCCUCCUCUACCUCAAGGGUAUCACAGAGCCAAGGCAAAAAGUGCACUCAUCCAGUCCAGUAGGAAAACAGCCGUGCCAGCCAUCAGACUGUACAACAACAGGUCUCCCAACAGACAGAGCAUGCCACUGAACCGUGUGGAGGGUUCAGACUUCAGUAAUGUGGAACAGGAGGAAACAGCCACAGGUGAGGUCACCUCCGAUGUGCCGCCACAGGCCACCCCAGGGAUGGGCCUCACGUGCGUCUCCUGCGGGGGGGUUAGCAGCAGAAAAACAUCAGCUGUACCAAACAAGGAGAACGUCUUGUUCCCGGUCCCCAGGGACGUUCCCAUCAUGCCCCUCCCCCUGGCAAUGCAGGGCAUUGACCUUCAGCCCAAAAUGGUCCCCAAGAACUCCGUCAUCAGUAUUAACGCCCUCCCCAUCCAGAGCGACUCCGUGAGGAUCGGUUUCCACCGGGAUGCCACGGGACACCACCUCCACCGGCGCCACCAUCUGAACAAUCCCCAUCACCCGCACUUCCACGAGGGGAGGGGCAUGAACGGGAAGAAGAAAUCAAACACUGUUCACCGGACUGUCCUGAACACCGGAAUCGUACAGCCACAUGUUCGCCCCAUCGCAAUUGUGUCACAAUCAUACAGGUGAUGCACUAGCAACGACUUCAGGAGAUUGGUUACCCAUGAUCGUAAUCUCUACUGUAGAUUAAGACUUGGGGGAUUUGUCAACAUGCUGGGAUGUACAAACUAAACGUCACACAUGCAGCACACUUUUCAGCGAUUUUUUAUGGUUCCAUGUGUGCCACUUUUGUAAACUUUCCAUGACUUGUUGUAUUGUUGGUACUGGGUAUAUUGUUCUUUGUGCACUCUCUCUGCAGCUGUUUAUCUAAAUGUAAAGGCAGUAUGAAAUGUCCUUUGUGGCAAAAAUGCUGUAAACUAGGAAUUGAGAUUCUAACUUUAUGCUUUUAAAGCUAGAAAGGAUAUAUGCAGCAACAGCUGAUUUUUUGCAGUAUCCUAGAUUUGAGCUGUAAAAUGAUAGUGAGAUUAUUAGACUAAGAAACAUUGUUACGGAUCUCCCAAGGACACUUCAGGUGUCCUUACUUUGGAGACAUAUUCUAUUUGUAGAGCAUGCAGCUUUGAAUUCUGGAAUAAAAAGAACUUUCAGAAAUGUGACUGACCAUUGGAGGCCAGGCCAUACUAUUGACAUUCCAAGAUUGACACAUUGAAUAAUUCAAUACGUGUGAAAGUGCAAAAGAGAAAGCAGUAGACUUUGAAAAAAUACUUUUUUUCCAUGACCCUGGCAGACUGUACAAGCUCUCCUUGCUGGCACUUAUUUCUGCAAUACUUUUACUUGGAAACUUGCUUAAGUGCCUUUCUUGUUGCAACUUUAUCCAGAUGGUUUGUCUUAUUUUAUCAUGUCUGACAAUGAGAAAAUUCAGACUUGUGUUUUGUUUAGAUUUCGCUACAACAAAAGCAGAAUAUGUUAAAGAUGUAUGUAUUGUUAGCAUCUACACUAAAAUUACAGCUAAUUAUUUGUAUAUGUAUUUUUAUCCUAACUGCAGUGAUUUUAAUAAUCUUAUACAAAAUGUAAUGUAAAGGGUUAGUCUUUGUAUGUUUGUAGUCCAAUGUUGGUGUAAAAUGUCGUGACUUGCUUUGCAAGGAGUUGGUGAUGUGUGUGUAUAUAUUGUUCCAAUUGCAAAAGGAUGAUAGUGUGUAUUCAUCAGUAUACAGAUUCAAGAAUCAUUUAUAUGUACAUGUUUAUAAUGAUUACCAAUUUUAUGGAAUUACGUUUUUAAAAAAAAUAAUAGAUGAGGUUAUGAAUCAAAGGUGUGAUUAAUUACCAUGUGGAACACAAAUUUUAUAUCAUGGUGAGAAAUUAAAUAUGCUGCAUGACUAUCAGGAAUCAAUGACUGUUACCAAUACCAUAAUAAUUGCUAACUCUGUAUAAUCUUGUGGUAUAUUCACUAUUACACUGAAUAAAAGUCUAUUGUACUCUAUCUUA